UCCUUCCCUGCCCCUCCCGCUCCAGGGGACACCCGUCUGAACAGUGUCUGUGUGAAAGGCAGAGGAAGGAAGAGCUCACCCCAGCUGGGCUCCUGAGCCAGGGCCAGGGCUCCUGUGAAGCCCGCUGCGUGCUGGGGCUCUGAGCGGGGCCAUCCUGCAUACCUAAUUGGCUAUUUAAGGAGCUGUUGGCCUGCAACCCAGGCAGCCCCCCCGCCCCACGUACACCCGUCCAGAGCCACCUUAAAAGCAGGAGUCAAUUGUGAAGUCCUUGGCCAGCAAGUAGAGUGAAGACUGCAGAGGGAGAUAAAAGAGAAAGCAGCAAGAUUUGUCCUGGAGACCCCAAAACCCACAAUACCCUACUGAAAACCAGCUACCCUAGAAGCGCACAGAGACACGAAGACAGCAAGAGAAAAAGAGAUAAAUACAUUCAACUUCAGGAUUCUCCUUCCCUCCCUCUCUUUCUCUGCCCCAGUCCUCUAGUCUCCAAAACCCCAGUACCUUGUUCUCCUUCUGAGGAUACCAUGAUGUUCCUCACGCUCCUGCUGGAGGUGAUUUGGAUCAUGGCUGCAUUCGGGGGUCACCACUGGACAUAUGAGGGCCCACAUGGUCAACACCAUUGGCCAGACUCUUACCCUGAGUGUGGAAGCAAUGCCCAGUCCCCCAUCAAUAUCCAGACAGACAGUGUGACUUUUGACCCGGAGUUGCUCCCUCUGCAGCCCCACGGAUAUGACCAGCCUGGCACCGAGCCCUUGGAGCUGCGCAAUAAUGGCCACACAGUGCAACUCUCUCUGCCCCCUACCCUGCAUCUGGAGGGACUUCCCCGGAAAUACGUAGCUGCCCAGCUCCACCUGCACUGGGGGCAGAAAGGAUCCCCGAAGGGGUCAGAGCACCAGAUCAACAGUGAAGCCACCGCUGCAGAGCUCCACAUUGUACACUACGAUUCUGAUACCUAUAACAGCUUGAGUGAUGCUGCUCAGAUGCCUCAGGGCUUGGCCGUCUUGGGCAUCCUCAUUGAGGUGGGUGAGACUAAGAACCCGGCUUAUGAACACAUUCUGAGUCACUUGCACGAAAUCAGAUAUAAAGAUCAGAAUACCUUAGUGCCUCCCUUCAACGUGAGAGAGCUGCUGCCCACCAUGCUGGCGCACUUCUUCCGCUACAAUGGCUCGCUCACCACGCCCCCGUGCUACCAGAGUGUGCUCUGGACAGUCUUCAGGAGAAGGGCACAGAUUUCAAUGGAACAGCUGGAAAAGCUUCAGGAGACAUUGUUCUCUGCAGAGGAGACCUCUCAGCUCCUGGUACAGAACUACCGAGCCCCACAGCCUCUCAAUCAGCGGACAGUCUUUGCUUCUUUCAUCCAAGCGGAAUCCUCGUAUACCACAGGUGAAAUGCUCAGCCUGGGAGUGGGAAUCUUGGUUGGCUGUCUCUGCCUUCUGCUAGCUGUUUAUCUCAUCGCUAGGAAGAUUCGGAAGAAGGUACUGGGAAACCAAAAGAGUGUGGCCUUCACCUCAGCAAGAGUCACUGAGGCAUAGACUCUGUCUCAGACAUCAUGGAUGCCUUCCCAUCACACCUGUCAGGGAGCUUCCAGAACUGCGUGCAGAGACUGGCCGCAAACCCGGUAGAUGUAGCAGGCAGACACCUCUCCUUCCUCUGGUCAUGGACAGGUUCUCAUUCAACGAAGAACAGCCAAGCCUUCGGUCUCUCAAAACACGUAGGAGAUCAGGAGACUCCUCUCCAUUGAUAAUACAGACU